AUGAGGAAUAUGAGCAAAGAGCCCUCUGGACCCCCCAACCGAUAUGCUCCUUGUGAAUGGUACUACCAUGUUCCACUGAAACGAUCAGAGAAGUCUGUGAACUCAGAAAUCCCAAUCCCUCCACCAUCCCAGAUCCCAGGUCUGAGCAACCUCGGAGAGUAUCACAAUGAAAUUACAUUUGGGAGCCGCAGGAAAUGGAUCAAAGACACAGACUCAGAAUAUGUAAAGCUGGCAAAGCAAGGAGGCCGACCUGAUUUGUUGAAACAUUUUACACCUAGUACAAGAAAAACAUCCCCAGUAGCUUAUGCUGCACCUGACUGGUAUACACACCACAGUAAACCACCACCAGAUGAUGAAUCUAAAGCCCAUGUUUCCUCAGUGCCUGACUACAUGGUUCAUGAAGAGUUUAAGUCUGAUCAGCUCAAUGGUAACUAUGAAACAAAAAGAGGGCCUUUUGAUUUUGAUAUGAAAAGUAUUUGGCAGAGGGAUGCUGAGGACAAGGAGAACAAAGAGAAAAAGAAGGAAAAUGCUGCUCAAGUUGAGGUCCAUGUGGGCAACACAAAAGAGGUAAAGUUUCCUGCUAUAAACCCCAAAUACCCAAACAGAAUACCACCCUCUACUGCAAAUAAGGAAUUCCACGGGGGAAAUAGGCUUUAUUUUCCACCUAUGCCUGGUCAGAAAAACAAUGAACCAGUAAACUUCAGCAAACUGAUUAGCAAUGGUUACAGAGACGAUUGGAUUCAGCAGCGUAAUGACUGGGAGAAAAAGAUUCAGCAAACCUCAAAAAAUAAUGAGCAGCCUGAAGAGACUCUUCCUCCAAGUGAGUACCAGAAGAAAAUAGGAAAGAAGCAGAAAGCUAAAAAAUAUACGUUGUCAUUCAAAAGAAAAACUGUUGCAAAAAUAAAGGAUGAGCCCAGAUCUCAAUCUGGACCUGAAAUAAGUGCCCCGCCUAAGAAGUCACUCUUCAAACUCAACAUGUUCAGAGACAUCCCAGCCCGAAUUGACUCCAACAGACAACAAGUAAAAGCUGCAGCUUCAGAGAUGUAA